UAUAGUAUUCAGGUAAGCAAAAGUUACAAUGAUAAACAUUGAUUUUUUAACAACCGAUCUUCAUUUGUUGACGAUUUAUUAAUUACCUAGGUGCGAAACGAUACAUAGAACUGUAUAGGCGUUAGUGAAAGUGAAAUGUGAUAGGGAGUGAAAGCAGAAAUUUACCAUUGACAAGAAUUACCAUUUUAAGACAACUUUUUGCCGGCCUUUUUCCAAGUCUACGUGAUGGAUGAUAUUUGUGUCAAGGAAAAAUUAACUAAUUGUGAAUAAAAAAAAAAUUAAACCUGAUUGAACUUAAAAUAAACAUUCGAAAAAAAAUAGUUUUCUAAGCAAACAAGUGCCACAGUUAUGUCCAUAAAGGACUAUUAAAUCCUUAUAAAGGAUCGUUGGAGAUAAAGACGAAGUUUUAUUUAUAAACUUGUGCCAUAUUCCUUUUGAUAGUGCAUCACUAAAAGUGCUCUGUGAUUAAUUUAUUAAUUUGGUUUCUAUUGUUUUGGAUUAUUUCCGAUAUAUGGUGUAAUUUUUCCUUAAAAGGAUAAGAGGUCUUUCCAAGUAAGAACGUAAGAAAAUUACGUAUUAAUAAAUAAAUAAAACAACCAAAGAUAAGGAACAAAAUAAACUACAAAAUGGACAGUGGUUCACCAGCGGAUUUCACGAAAAUUUCCCACAGUGGCCUACUGGCUCGUAGUUUAGAGGGUCAUGCGGCCCACGGGAUGUCUAUUAAAGGAAACGAAGACGUUUGGGUGGAAAUUCAGGCAAACACAUUCCGCAACUGGGUUAAUGAAUAUUUACCUCGUGAAUUAAGGGUGACCGAUUUGUCACGUGACCUAUGCUCUGGGGUAUGCUUAUGCGCCCUUGUCGAAGCCCUUCAGGAACGUCCUAUAAAACCCGCGUGGAACAAAAAGCCAGCUAACCAACACCAUUAUUUGGAAAAUGUCACAGCUGCUCUUAAUGCAAUCGAAAAUGACGGGGUUAAAUUGGUUAAUAUUGGAAAUGUGGAUAUAGUUAAUGGGAAUUUAAAAUUAAUUUUGGGUUUAAUUUGGUCACUGAUUGUUCGUUAUCAAAUUGGACGUUCCAAAUUCCCUCCAAGGAAAUUGAUGUUAGCAUGGCUACAAGCUGUGUUACCAGAAUGCAAAGUUUCCAAUUUAACUACAGAUUGGAACUCUGGAAUUUUAUUAUCAGCUCUAAUAGAUUACUGUAAACCGGGACUCUUUCCGCACUGGAGAAAAUUAGAUAAAAAUAACGGAAUCGAGAAUUGUAGAAGGGCUAUGGACAUAGCACAGAAACAAUUAAAAAUCCCAGCAGUUUUGGAGCCCGAAUAUUUAGCAUCACCUUGGCUAGAUGAACUAUCAGGAAUGACCUAUUUAUCGUAUUUCAUGAAACCAGGAUCUCCUGGAUUUUACGCGACACUACGAUGGGUUAAUUCAAGAUUAGAAAGAUCAGUACAGAAUUUUACGUCUGAUUGGAAUGACGGCAAAGUGUUGAGUGAAAUUAUCAGGUCACUGGGUGGAUCAGCUCCGUCUCCUGAAAAAUUAAAGUCUGAUCCUUACUAUUGGGUGUCCAAUUUGACUCAAGCGGUAGAAGCGGGUAAAAGACUAGGUGUUGAACCAAUAUUGUCGGCCAAGGAUAUGGCUGACAGGAAUGUGGAACAUUUGGGGGUAAUGGCGUAUGCCGCACAUUUCCAAUGGGUACCCGAACGACCCCCUUUGCAUGACCUCAUCAAUGUCAGACUUGAAUCGACUUCGGGAAGAGUGGAAGAACCAACUCAUUUUCAAAUUAAACUUCUGGAUUCUUCACUUUCAAUGAAGCAUGUGUCGGUAGAGAUAAGAGGUCCAGAUAAUAAAGUCUAUUUGGUUCGAGAUCUAAAGAACGGUCACGGAACGUUCAUUCCUCAGAAAGUUGGAAUGCACGAACUGGUUGUAUUUUAUGAGGGUCAAGAGGUCAUUUCGGGGCACUAUUUUAGAGUUUUGCCUCCUUUGGUUGAAGUCGCACCACCUGGAAUGGCUCCAUGUGCUCUUGGAUCGUUGGUGCAAGUUCUUGUAAACGCAACAGGUGCUCCAAGAAGGGAAGACAUUCAAGUAAUCGCCUACAGUCCACAUGGAAGACCACUGGAAUGUCCUUUGACCACCGUGGAUGGUACAAAUAGUGCAACAUUCAAGCCAGACGAAGCUGGUGAAUGGCAGAUAGAAAUCACUUAUCAGGGAAAACAGAUACAGGGUGGUCCAUUUACGUGUGCAGUUUUUGAUCCCGAUGGCGUCGAAGUUUCCGGCUUAGAAGGAGCUUUACCCCUUGUGCCACACACUGUCGAUGUUGAUUGCAGAGCGGUAGGAGUUCCCGGUGAAGUGCAGGCUGACGUUGUUCAUAAUAAGAAAACCGUACAUAGUCGUAUAGAAAAAGUAGACACUAGCGGUUAUCUUUACAGGGUGCAUUUCACUCCAAUGGAAGGUGGCAAACAUAGGGUUUAUAUUUACUUCAACGGCUACGAUGUUAGAGGGUCCCCGUUUAUGUUGAGAGUAGGAUCUCAAAGAAGAUCUAAAACUUCAAAUAGUCCAACAUUUCGAAAAACAUCAUCGGUGUCUCCGAUAAGCUCCCCCACAAACCGUUACGCAUCCUCAAGUCCCAUCGAUACCUCGUACAAUUCAAAAAAUUCCAAUUACUACGAUGGUUCUCCAUCGUUACAUGACAAAUAUUAUUAUUCGUCGAGAGAAUAUCAGAAAGGUCAAAGUGAAAAAUACCAAUACUCUGGAAACAAGAACGACGAAUUUAGAAAGUCUGCCAGUCCCAGUUUCGCUCCUAGGCCAUCCAGUCCCAACUUUCCACCGAGACCACAAAGUCCAGCAUAUUACAGGAACCAGAGUCCCAAUUAUAAUCGAUCUAGUCCAAUUUAUGGCAGGACCACCCAGAUGACAUCAAGUCAAAACCAUUCGUCAAACACAUCCCGAAUAAACAGAAGUCAAAGCCCGGCGAUUCGGGUGGAGAGUCCUUCCUCGGAGUACGUUUCUUCGAAGACAGUAAACGAAAGAAGACAUGAAGUGUCAUCCCCCAGCAGUUACUUAAAGAGACGAGAGGAGUACGAUUAUGUAUCUAGCGCAGCCAACAACGUUUCGUCAUUACGUAUAUCUAACUCAUCCCCAUCUCCAGAGCAUAGACUCGGAAGUCCAGGUAUUUAUUCAGAAAGAAAAAGUCCAGGGCGAAAUCAAAUCAUUCAACCUCGAGGCUAUGACGAAACUGAUAGGGGAAUAGAUACAAGUCCCACAGUGAAGGUCUCAACAGACGAUAAGCAUGCCAGGAGGGAUAGUUGGGACGCCAUAGCGAAGACAAAGAAUAUUUUAUCGAGAAGAAGUUUGGAAUCGGUUGCUAAUUUAACAGAUAGUCAACUGGAUUCCAAAUUAGGAAAGUCUGGAUUGGAAGAAGAAACGGAUGGUUUCCUGAAACGGGAAAGAGAUAGUGCCAGCGAAAACUAUUUUAGAAGUUACGCAGCAGAAGAGAGUAAAUACAAAUCCAGUUUGGAAAGGAGGACUGCUAAAAGUGGGAACUACGGUGGAGCUUCAGCUAUCAAAGUACAGCCGAUUCCUGAUGGGGUUCUUGGAAAACCGGUGGAAUUUGAAAUUGAUGGAAGUGGUGCCGGGUCUGGCGAUUUGGAAAUUCUUGUGGAAGGUGGUAAAGUGACAUCCAGUGUUCGCAGUUUAGGCGGACAACGUUUCAAAGCGGCAUUUACCCCUCAUCAGGUGCUUCCGCAUCGGGUAGAUAUACGAUUUAAUGGUGACAUGGUACCUGGCAGCCCUUGGCAUGUGAAUAUAAUGUCAACUUCAUCAGUAUCAGUUCUGGGCGAAUCCACCAGAUUAGUACCGGCCCACGUAUCGGCCGUUUUCGAAAUCGUCACAAAAAAUCACAAUAUCAUUCCCGAAGAUAUCACGGUUCACGUGAUAUCUCCUAGUAAAAGGGCCAUCCAGGCGCGUGUACUUCCCGGAACUAGAACCGGAGUACAAAGCGUUGAAUUCGUUCCCAACGAAGUUGGGACACACAUAAUCGAAGUGGCCGUUGCGGGGGAAAAACUCCUUACCCCAUUAGUGGCCAAAGUAUAUGAUACAAGUCUUAUACAAGUCACUGAUGUUGGCAGCGGAGUUGUUGGCCAACCUGUUCAGUUUAAGGUUGAUGCCAGUCAAGCUGGAGAGGGUCAACUUGAGAUAUCAAUAAACGAAGGGGAAGUACCCAAUCACGUUCAGGUGGUUGGGGGAGGCAGAUGUUUAGUAUCAUUCACCCCCGACGUCGCCAAGCCUCAUCUAAUCGAUAUAAAAUUCAAUGGCGAAACAGUAAGGGGUUGCCCAUUUGUCUGUCCAGUGGCAGACACAAGCAGAGUGAAUCUGAGCCUGACUCACCUCGAACUGAUCCCCGUCAAUCAACCCAGUUCGUUUCAUAUUGCGGUUGUAGGGGGCGGCACCGCCGAAUUAGCGGUAGCCGUUCGAGGUCCUUCUGGGGAAUUACCGGUAAAAGUAACUGGAGAUAUUCAUUCCGGAUUUACAGCUGAAUUCACCCCCGUUCUUGUGGGUGCUUAUCAGAUAACAGUAGAUUACAACGGUCGCCCGGUACAGGGCACCCCCUUUGUGGCAAAAGCAUUUGAUUGCACUAAAGUCUCAGUCGGCCAUGUCGCCCACGGAAUUGUGGGGAGACCGGUUACCUUUUCUGUAGACGCUAGCGAGGCUGGCGAGGGUAACUUGGAGAUAACGAUUUCGGCAAGGGGAUUGAAUAUACCCACUCAGGUGCAUCCCCAAGGUAAUGCCAAAUUCGCCGUCAGUUUUGUACCCGUUGAAGCGUGCGAUCAUGUAAUUAAUGUGGCAUUUAACAAACGACCCGUCGUCGGAUGUCCCUUGAUUGUUGGGGUUGGUAGCGGAAGCAAUGGACCGAGUGUUACCCUACCGGGGCCAGGGCCCAUUCACAAACCAAGCACUCUCUUGAUUAAUCAUCCGGGGAGGUUGGAAGAUAUCGAAGUUAAUGUCGAGGGCCCCGGAGGUCAAGCUGUUCCAACUCAAGUUCAACCGAUCGGCAGCGGUCAAUUUCAAGCAGAAUUUGUUCCCCGAACUGUUGGCGAACAUCGCAUAGCUGUGAAUGUUAGUGGUGUGCCAACCACGGGAAGUCCAUACGCAGCAAAAAUAUAUGAUGUCCAAGCGAUCAAAGUAAAGGACGCGACCACAGGCGUUGUUGGAAAACCGGUAACAUUUUUAGUUGAAACAAGCCUGGCAGGACCAGGGAACUUAGAAGUGACGGUAAACGGUGGUCGAGUCCCAACAUCCGCCCAAGCCCAAGGACCUCACGUCUACGCCAUUUCCUUUACACCACGAGAGGCGACGGUUCAUUCUGUAGAUCUCCGUUUUAAUGGUCAAGAUGUUCCCGGCAGCCCUUUCAAGUGUAACGUUGCUCCGUCGGCAAGAAUAAUCGCUCCCGAUGCUCUAGAUAAGAUUUCUGUCGGGAAGUCAUGCGUAUUUGCCGUGGAAAGCUCGGCUGUACCAAUCGUUGAAGUUCUUGGUCCGGCAAGGAAACCCGUACCAACACAGAUAACACCACAAUCAGGUGCCCAAGGUAAAUACGACGUAACAUUCGUACCCGUCGACGUAGGAGAUCACAGCGUUGAGGUUCGACUCCCUGGCGGCCAUAUUGAAGGAAGCCCUUUCCUUAUCAAAGCGUAUGACGCAGGAAGAGUUGUAGUAUCUGAUAUAAACGAUGGAAUGGUUGGAAAGCCAGUUUCUUUCAGUAUCAACGCAUCCCAAGCUGGAGCUGGAAAUUUGGAAAUAAUUGUAGCGGUUGCUGGCAGGAAUGUACCCAAUUUUGUCCAAAGUGAGGGAAACGCAAGAUUUAAAGUUAAUUUCAAACCAACAGAAGCAGCCACGCAUACCCUCAGUGUUCGUUUUAAUGGACAACCUGUUCCCGGGUCUCCAUUUAGCUGUAAAGUGCACCCCGGCAACACCCAACUUAGAAUUCCAGUGUCUGGAUCGGGAAUAGAACUUGCUGCAGUUGGUCAUCAGGCGGAAAUAAGAAUGGAUGGAAUUUCUGGUAACGCUGACGCCCACGUCACUGUGUCAUCUCCUUCCGGAAAGAGCAUUCCGGUAAAGAUGAAUACCGAAUCUGACUAUUUGGUCGCAACAUUUGUUCCUGAAACUGUUGGUCGUCACUCGGUAGCGGUUUUAAUCAGUGACCAACACAUCAUUGGGUCUCCGUUUAAUUGCAACGUUUUUGACGUCAACAAGGUAAUUGUUUCUGGCCUGCCGGGACAGAAAACGUUGAACAGAAGCAUGCAAGACCUUUCAUUGUCUGGAAAAGAAACCGCGGAAGUUGGAAAACCUGUAACGUUCAGUGUUGAUGCGGCUCAUGCUGGGGAAGGUACUUUGGAACUGGUUGUGUCCACACAACAUACUACAGUUAAAGCGGAAGUGGUGGCUUGCGCCAGGGGCCUUUACGAGGUCACCUUUGUGCCACAAACAAACGAGACCCAUUUCGUUAAUAUUACAUUCAACGAAAUGGAAAUCCCAGGUAGCCCAUUCCAAUGUUCUGUUAUUGAACCAGUUCAAUAUCUUCAGAUCGGUAAUUUGGUGCACAUUGACCUAUUAAAUGACCACAAGUUGGAAGUGACAGAUCCCAACAACCACAUCGUGAAAUACACGUUGAAGAAUUCAAAGGCAGAAUUUUCUGUCAACCAUACAGGAGUUUAUCACAUACAGUUUAUUAAGGGUCACGAGGUUGUAGGGUCACGCACAAUUCACGUCUUUAACAUGUCGAAAAUUGAAGUGGUGAAUGUGCCUGAUGCAAUAUCUCAUCGACCUGCUGUAGUUACAGUCAAUAUUAACAAAGCAGGACCUGGAAAACUAACUGCGGCAGUAAAAUUCGCCAAUAAAGAUGUACCCCACAGUGUACGUCAAAGUAUCAACAUCCCUAAACUGUGGGAGAUCGUGUUUCAUCCCAGUAACGUUGUGCCACACAGAAUCGUAUUGUAUUACAACGGAGUUCCUCACCCGAACGUCCUUGAAAUAGGUGUAAAAGCUCCUGGGAAUGAACCUUGGGCCGGUGGUAUAGGGUUGUAUCAAGCUAGGGUUGGAAAAGUGGCUUCGUUCAAUAUAGACACGCUAGGAAAGCCAGCUAGAGAAUUCGACGUGGUAAUUAGUGGACCCGCAGGAACUGCCGUGCCUGUUCGCUGUUAUCAAACGAAAACAGGAAAACUGCAAGCGGAAUAUACGGCAAAAGAUAUUGGUGCCCAUAAAAUUGAAGUUCUUCAUCAAUCUAAACCAUUGAACGGGAGUCCGUUCAACUGUCACGCGUUUGACGUCGACUAUGUCAGAAUUUUCGAUAUUCCACACACCCAGAGCAAUGUUGGAGAAAAAAUUGGAUUCAAUGUAUCUACAAAAAAUGCCGGUCUUGCCGAUCUGGAUGUCAAAAUAACGAAUCCAAUAAAUCAGACGGUAGCCAUUCAAAAAAAUCAGUUGGACGACCACACAUUCCAAAUAAGUUUCUUGCCAACAUUACCAGGCCUAUUCCAAGUUUCGAUCACAUACGGAGAUAUCCCCGUGAAAGGAUCGCCUUUGGCAUUGGGUGUUGGCCCAGUUGGACCUACCCCACCUCCUCGCGCAGUUGGUAAAGGCUUAGAAAGUGGCCAAGUUGGAGAAAGGACCAACUUCAUAAUAACCAGCGUUAUACAACCGAGGGUAAUAAUAGACGCAGCAGAGGGUAACAUCGACGCCCAUAUUCAGUGUUCAAAACCUGGAGAAUAUCUCGUGUCGUACACUCCAAAAUGGGUUGGAACUUACGAUAUCAUUAUUAGCAUUGGUCCUAAUGAGCUUGCCGGAUCCCCAUUUAGGCCUAACAUUGUAGAUGUAAAUUUAGUUCGUUUAAUAGGCGGCUGGCCUCAAUAUUUGGAUGACACUGGUCGGAUAAAACUUCCUGCGAAAUUGGCCUUUGACACAUCGAGCGCUGGACCGGGAACUCUGGAAUGCAAACUGGCCGGGCGCAAAUUAAUGCCAGAAAAAAGUGGCGCACGUGUACGGUUCGAACUGUCACCGGAGGGGUUGAAUGCUGGUGAACACGAUUUCGAAAUCAAAUACGCCAACAUUCCUUUGCCGGAAGCUCCCAAAACUGCCGUUAGUCUUAAAGAUCAGGUUGUGCUUACAGGCAGAGGGUUGGCAAAUGCGCAAUGCGGUGAACCUGCAUAUUUCACCAUUGACGGUUCAAAAUCUGGACCAGGUAAUCCGGAAGUAACUCUACAUGCCGCCGAUUCUAAUCAGCCCGUACCGGUAAUGAUAAGCUUAGCGGGAGAAAAAAUAUGGAGGGCAACUUAUACGAUUAAUACUUCCGGAAAUUAUUUAUUAUCGGUCUUGUGGAGCGGUAGGCUUGUCAAGGGUUGUCCAUUAUUAGUAGAAGUCAAAGGUGGAGCAGACGCUUCAAAGGUUCUAUGUUCUGGUGAAGGUCUUCAUCAAGGAAUAGUAGGAAAAGAAAUACGAUCCUGGAUCGAUACCAGACGUGCUGGUCCAGGAGAGUUAACAGCACACUGUGCAGGGCCGAGGAAAGUCGCUUACUGUGAACUUUACGAUCAUGGAGACGCCACGUUCACUUUGAAUGUAAAGCCGCAAGAGGCCGGAAAACAUUUAUUAACAAUAAAAUACGCUGGACAACAUGUUCCAGCAUCUCCUUUUACGCUUAGAGUAGCUGGUGCACCCGAUCCUACAAAGGUGAGAGUAUACGGUCCAGGUAUAGAACAUGGUGUAUUGGCGACGUUUCAAUCUAGGUUUAUAUGUGACACACGAGGGGCUGGUGCUGGACAAUUGACCGUCAGAGUUCGUGGGCCAAAAGGGGCCUUCAGGGUGGAAAUGCAGAGGGAAAGUCAGAAAGAUAGAACAAUACUUUGCAAAUUCGAUCCCACUGAACCUGGAGACUACAGAGUAGAAAUUAAGUGGGCUGGCGAACAUGUUCCCGGAUCUCCCUUUCACGUAAUGAUUUUUGAUACGCAAGAAGAAUUGAGAAGAUAUUUAACAUCAAUCUAAUUUUUUAUAUUUAUCUGUUUCUAAUAAUAUUUACUAUUAAUAACAUUCUCAUUGAAAUUGAUUAUUUAGAGUUAUUAAGUACAUAAUUUCUGAGUAUGUGAUAAUAUUAUGUUUGUUUGUUUGUUUGUUUAUUUAUUUAUUGAGUUGUAUUGUCAAUUGAAUAAAUUAAUAUUUUGGCUGGAAAGGAACUGGUCCAAAAAUGUUAUGCUAUUAAAAAUUGUAUCCGAUUUAACGUUAUAUAUAUUUUUUUAC